AUGCUGGCAUGGCAGGACGGCGGGGCCAAAGCGGCUCCGUCCCAUCACAAGAUUUCCUUCUCAGUCCUGGACAUCCUGGACCCACAGAAAUUCACCCGCGCUGCGCUCCCGGCUGUGCGCCUCGCCCCCCGGGAAGCCAAGAAAAGUUUGGCGGAGGUCGAAGCGGGGAAGGACGGCCGCUCUGGGGACAUGGGUCGACAGCAGGAGACCCCUGAUGCUGCGGGCCCGGGCGCCGGGCCGGAGUCCCCGCUGGAGGGCUCCGAGGCCGAAGAGGAGGACGAGGACGCAGGACGGCCGCGGGCUGCGCGCUUUCUGGCCGGCCCGGCGCGCUCUCCGGAGGCCCAGGCCGGGGCGUUGGUGGCUGGGGAGCGCGGCACGGACGGCGGGGACGGCCCCACGGAAUCCCCGGGCUCGCCCGGCUCCCCGCGACCCCGGCGCCGGCGCGCAGAGCCCAACUGCGCCAAGCCGCGUCGCGCGCGCACCGCCUUCACCUAUGAGCAGCUGGUGGCCUUGGAGAACAAGUUCCGGGCCACGCGCUACCUGUCGGUGUGCGAGCGCCUGAACCUCGCGCUAUCGCUCAGCCUCACGGAAACGCAGGUCAAAAUCUGGUUCCAGAACCGCAGGACCAAGUGGAAGAAACAGAACCCGGGCGCCGACGGCGCAGCGCAGGCAGGGGGCGGCGCGGCCCAGCCCGGGACGCGCUGA